AUGGAGGACCAAAGCACUCCAGGUGGUCCGAGUAGCAGUAGCAGCAGUGUUUGUGGUAUUAAUAGUAGUAGUGCCAAGAAGCGAGCUGCAGUUGGUGAAAUGGCAGAGGAAGCUCCAUGUGUCAAGAAGCCCAAGUUGACCAGGAAGGAACUGUUGGAACAAGCAAAGGCUCGUUUGAAAGAAGCUCAAGAAAAAAAGAAGAUGCUUCAACUGCAAUUGGAAGAAGAGCAGGCAGAGCAAGCGGCUGCUUUUAGUAUGGAUGAAGACUACUUCUACUAUGACUAUGAAUAUGAAUACCACAUUCCACCUGUCACUGGAUCCACAGACAGUUUACUCAUCACUCACAUUGAGUCCACUGGUCCUACUGAAAAAGUCAGAUUCAAAAUUGAAGAUGAAAAUUCCUGUAUUGAAGCUGUCAUGAAGGUCAUCACCAAUAGAAGAAGAACUCUCUCACCCAGUAACAACAACAACAAUGCUGCCAAUCCUCAAGGACCGCCACAAAAAACGAUACCAAAUUUCCCUCCUCCCAGGGAAACAGUCAACAAACCAAACACUAGUGAAGGAAGUACUACCAGUAGUAACAACGCAAACCACACCAACACCAACGCUGACACUAACUCCAAACCUGCUGCUCUGAAUGAAGGACUCAAGAGUCAAAGACCCACUCAUUUCCACAAACGGGCAAACAGCAGCAGCAAUGUAGACCAGCAACCAACGCAUCCCACUGCUAAUCCAGCAGCAGAACGUCGUCAUUCUCACACGCAGUCAACCAGACAAAUGCCUAGCAACAACAAUGCCAACAAUCCUCGAACAAAUCGACCGCAGCCACCACUACUAGACAAACCCAAGGAAAAUCCUCGACGAAACUCCAGUGGACCACUGCAAUUGUUGCAGCAACAGCAACAAACACCUCAGCAGCGUCCACCACCCGUUCCAACAAAGAGACCGUGGAAACUGGCUCUGGCACAAGUUACCGGAAAAACUAGCGACUUUACGCCCGAUCUACCCACCAAGACGGCAUACUUGAUUCGAACACAAGAUCAAGGUGUCGUCGCCCAUGUACAGUUCUUUUCUAGUCCAGACAAUCCGGCACUUUUGGCACACCAGCCGUCCAAACGACAUUUACAAGAUCAUUUUGUACCCAUUGGUCGAUUGCCCUCCAACAACUCCAGUCAGUCGUGGAAGGGACAAGAGAUUCUAUCCUUUCUCAAACAUCAAGAUGAGCGGCGCAAGACAUAUCAACCACCCGCACGUCGAAAUUUGCCCUUGACACAUUGGGCAAUCAUCGAUCUGGAACAACCACUCCAUCAAGCCAUCGAAUCGUCGGGAUACUUUACGGCAGCUCCAGCGGUAAAAAAUGGAAACGGCAACAACAGCAGCAGCAAUAACGACAUUGGUUUUGCGGGAAAACUCAUUUGGAACUUGCACGACUUUUAUCAGCAACGAAACAACAACAACAAUGCUGCGCCACCCCCCUCGAAACUCAGCAAGUGGGGCGAAGUGGUAUCGGCCGUGGCAACCUCGGGAGCCCGCAAUAGUCCUUUGAUUGCCACGGUCCAAGGAUUCUACGAAUCGCCACCCAAUAAACAAGGGCAACCGGAACAACCCGUCAUGCCGCACGCCCUGAGGGCUCGGAAAGUUAUUCUACCCAAGUCACGAACGAUUGGAAUCAUCAUCGGGUCCAAUGCACGCAUGUCGGAACAACAGAAUAACAAUAAUCCGCAAGUGGGAUGUUGCCAAGUCUUGUUCCCCAAUGGCAUGGCCAGUGGACCACCAUCGGCACAAUCCCUCAAGGGUGCAAGAGCUAUCUUUGGACAAGCAUUCACGGCGGCCCGACCCAACAGCUGGAAAGCUUGGUAUCAGGACAGUGGAAAGGUUUCUUGGUUCGGAAUCCCGUCCGUCGUUUCGAGAGAUCCUCAUGUCGAAAAUAUCUUUGAUUCUUUGCGGAACUCAUGCAAAAUGUGA